UAUUUUCAUGACUUCAUCAUAUCUUCAUCUUUUAACUCCAUUGAUGCCCAUUUUUCAGCUCAAUAUCACAACUGAAUUUUGAUACAUAUAUCUUAUCUUUCUUGCUAUAUAUAAGUUGAGUGCUUUUCAACUGUACUCUUGAUCAAUAAAGAAUGUUGCUUGCAUCACUUCCUAGUUUCAGUCAUCAACUUCAGAUGACUACUUCUCCAAUGUAUGGGCCCACCCUCAGGUAUGGUGAUGAUCACAAACUCAAUAAGAUGGCCACUUUGCUGGUCCAAAACAAGAAGAAAUCGAGCUUUUCGCCUAUGACAACCACUGCCAACGUCAAAACUCAUGAUUUUUCUCCUCCCAAAUCCUACCAGGAGGUUCGCAUUGCCGCAAGAGAGAAAUUCACACAAGAGAUAUCUUUCCGGUCAAAAGACAAAGAUAUAUCCCUUGCUAAGACUUUGCUGUAUAUAUCUGCUGAAGAUGAAGCAUUUAUGGCUUUUAACCGUGAGAUGGAUGCCCUUUCUUUCCAAAACGAAAGGGAAGAUACAAAUGUGUCAUCUAAUACCCAAAAAUGGGACUGCAUUGAAGCUAUGCCUGUGGCAGGAAAGACAAUCGACGAAUGGUUACUGGAAUUGGACCUCAUAGCAAAAGAAGUUGAAGCUGAGCUAAUAUCAAGAGACAUAGGAUGCCACUUGGUUGAAGUUUUGGAGGCCGUGAACCAAGUUCUCUUUGAAUCUAAAGGCUUUGGAAGAUCACCCGUUGUGGAUUCAAAAUGUUCCUACUUGCAUUCCGUAUUAAGCUCCAAAUGUGGCAGUGCAAUUUUACUCAGCAUAAUAUAUAUCGAGAUUUGUCAAAGACUAAAUUUGACUAUAGUUGGAUCUCGGGUCGGUGAAGACUUUUUGAUUUGGCCCAAAACCGGGAACCCAGAGGAGCUUUUCAAGGUCAACUCGGGAAACAGCUUAUUUGGGAUUGUAAAUGGACGGUGUGUCGAUGACCCAAGAUCAAUGGCCUCUGACUUAACCUGCAAUUCACUUAUUGGUCUUGACAUUGCUACAAACCGGGAUAUUAUUGGGAUUUAUCUUGCUAACUUGAUUAGGCUAUAUUGGAAACGUGCAUCGAGAAUGAACCAUGGAUUGAUGUUGACUUCUCCUCUUAGACCUGUUCAUGAUGAUACUGAGAAAUGGGGCAAGAUUGAUGGUUCUAGUAUGCCAUUGUUGCCCCCGCAAGAUCUUAGGCUGGCUAUCAUGGCUUCAGAAAAACUGUUGAUCUUGCAGCCACAUAAUUGGGCUUUAAGGAGGGAUCAUGGCAUGAUGUUGUACUAUAGUAGGGAUUAUGGGAAGGCGGUUCAAGAACUAAGCAUUUGCAUGGCAUUUGCACCCGAAGAAGAGGCUGAAGUAUUGGAACCAUUUGUGGAGAAAUUGCAUUUGUUACAACUCGAGUCCUCAUGGAAAUCUCGUGGACACAAAGGACGCUUGACAGUUCCAUAAAUCCAUGUUCAUGUCUUUCCUAAUUCUUCCGAUCUAAUUUUGUCAGAUGCUUAGCUUGAAUGGUAUCUGCUUCUUGAGCCUUUCAA